AUGCCAGGGAUGUGGGCAGUCGACAGCGGUGCGACGCAUCACAUCUGCAACGACAAGGCCAAGUUUGCAAGCCUGAAUGAGCGAGAGGAAGGCGAACUAUCAGUGGCUGAUGGCAGCAAGGCUGCGAUCAAGGGUGUGGGAACCAUCAUGGAACGGGUGGUUCUGCCCAAUGGUGACGAACGCGACAUCGAGAUCAAGGACGCACUGUCCGUACCAAGUAUGAGCAAGAAUCUGCUUUCGGUGCCACAGAUCAACAAGGGUGGCAGGUUCCAAGUCGUGUUCGAUGGAUCCAAGAUGCAAGUGAAGCACAAGAAAUCCACACAAGUCGUGGCAACAGCGGAUCUCGUCGAUGGACUUUACUGGCUGCGGACUCCUCAACGAUCGGCAAAUGCAGCAACACGCAAUAGGACUAUCGACUUGCAUGCGCGCAUGGGUCAUGCACCCCUCGAAGUUCUGCGCAAGAUGGUGGCCACUGGCAUGAUCAAGGACGCCAAGGCACCUCUCAACUCGACUAGUCCAAGUCUGUGUCGCGGUUGCCAGCAAGGAAAGAUGGUCCAAAAACCAUUCCCAACCAACCGUGACAAACGCCAAUAUGGUGUGUUCGAGUUGCUGCACUUCGACAUCUGCGGGCCAAUGGAACAAGUCUCGAUCGGCGGCAGCAAAUACUUACUGCUUGUGGUUGACGAAGCUAGCGGUUGCAUGAAGGGCUUCUGUCUGCGGUCCAAGUCUGAGAGUGAAGACUGUAUCAAGAACCACAUUAUCAAGAUUCAAACUCAGUUCGGCACGAAGAUCAAGUUUGUUCGGCACGAUGGAGCGCAUGAGUUUGCGACCAACUCAAUCAAGAACUUCUAA